AUGCUGGUGACGUUCGAGGAUGUGUCCGUGCACUUCUCCCCUGAGGAAUGGGCUGUGCUGGUCGGGUGGCAGCGGCGGCUCUACCGGGAGGUGAUGCUGGAGAACUACCAGGCGCUUGCCUCACUGGGCUGGCUCACCAUCAAGCCGGAGAUCAUCACCAAGAUGGAGCGAGAGGUGAUGCCAUGUGCGGCAUCCCUGUCCCUGCCACGGCGCCGGCACAGGGCUCCUGCAUCAG